CAAUUCCAAAAUAAGAGUACUAUAUUAGACCCCAUUUCGUAGAACAAUAAUAUGACCAAAGAUAAAAAAAAGGAGGACUCUGACAAAAUCAGUAAAAAGAAUAAGAAAAAAGAAAAAAAAGCAAAGAAUAAGUCUUCACGACCACCCUUUAUUUUUACAUUAGACCAAACAUCUAAUUUAACACGCCGCGAAAUCUUAAAAGCUACAAUCAUUGGAGGAUUGUUUCAUGUAUUCUUUACCGCAGUUCUAACUCUAUAUUUGUGUCACGAUUUGAAUAGCAACGUAUAUGUUUUUACAACACAAAUUCAGAGUGUUUUAAUGGAAAAGGAACAAGGAGUACCUGGUUUUGAAGAUGUUACACAUGUUUCGUAUAUUAUGCCUUUUAUAAGAGAAAAAUUUUCGGAAAAAUUAUGGCAAACUUAUUAUUAUAGAGAUAAUAAUGUGACAAUCCAUUUUAAAGAAGAAAAUAGAGUUUUUCUCAUGAAUAACAUUAUAUUGGGUGUUCCGAGAUUGAGACAAGUUCGAGUUAGUGAUCAUAGCUGCAUUAUUCAUCCUUAUCUACUCAGACAUUUCUCAACUUGUUAUUCAAUAUAUAAUAAAUACCAUUCCGAUACAGAACCUUUUGGGUUAAAAAAUGGAUCUGCUUGGAUAUACAGUUCGGAAGAAAUCACCCAUAAUUUGCCAUACCAUUCCACAAUAACCACUUAUGAUGGAGCAGGCUAUUAUAUCGAUUUCCCUAACAAUUUGACAGAAAUUUUAGAUAUUUUAAAUAUUUUAGAAAACAAUACGUGGAUAACGCGUGGAACAAGAGCCAUGUUCUUAAAGUUUGCCUUAUACAACUCGAACAAUAAUUUGGUUUCAGUAGUGGAAUUUGUUUUUGAAAUUCUUCCUGUGGGAGGGGUAUUAAACACUGUCUCAGUGGAUACAGUACAACUAAUAAAUUUUCAUUAUUGGGAAAAUAUUAUACAUUUUGUUAGUCAGGGUGCCGUAAUUUUUUGCUACUUUGUAAAAAUGAUUAUAGAAAUUGCACAUUUAUUUUAUUUCAAGUGGAAAUACUUUUUCAAGUUUUGGAAAUAUUUUGAUUUAAUUAUAAUAAUUUCUGGAAUUGUAUCAGUAUUAUUCAGCAUUCAGGUGUAUUUGACCGCAAAUAAAGUUCUUAAAAAUAUUGCUGAACAUCCUGGACAGUACGGUAAUCUUGAGGAUGUCGUUAGCAAAAAGAUUCAACACCUACGCUUAGACGCUAUCGUGUUAUGGUUCGCUUAUAUGAAACUUUUUAAAUACUUAUGUGCAAUUAAUGAAUUUUUGGGACAAAUACAAAUUGCUCUAAAUAAGGUAUGUUUUCUUAGAUUAUUCAAAUUAUAUUAUCAACUGAAUUUUCAGACUGUCAAAAACGUUUGUGGCUUCUCAUUUAUGUUUUUCUUAAUAUUCACUGCAUACGCUCAGUUGGGAUAUCUAUUGUUUGGUUCCUGCCUUUACAGAUAUCACUCAUUUAGUGCCUCCAUGUUUUCGUUAUUACAAACAAUUUUAGGAGAUUCUGAAUAUUAUCUAUUAUCUGAAACAGAUUCUGUUAUAGCACCAAUUUUUUUUAUUUCGUUUCUCAUAGUGGUAUUUUUUGUUUUACUUAAUGUGUUUAUUGCCAUUGUAAGUGAGAAUUACACGGAUGUGAAAACUGAAUCGAAGGUGUCAACUACAAGUGAAAUUAAAUUAACGUACUAUUUACGUGAGUGUUUAUUCCAAUUUUUCAAUAAACGGGGAAGAUAUAUUAAAAGAUUGGACCCAAAAUUAAUAUAUGAUUAUAACAUUCCAAUACCAGACAUUGUUAAAACUUUAAGACGGUUGGAUUUUAGAGAUGCACAUAUUCAAGUGUAUUUGAAGGAGCAUGAUGUGAAUUUAAACUCAAAACGGAAGCUGAAUAUAACUAAUUUAGUUCAGCAGGAUGCAGAAAUUGAUAAAAAUCAAAUUGUUCACGUAAAUGAUUUACAAAGACAACAAAUCCUUCUUUAUCAAAUUGAAAAUCAAAUUGAUCUCAUACAGAAAAAGUUGGAUGAGCUAAUGACAUUAAUUAUUCACUAAAAUAAUCAGUUUCGUAUAAUACUUCAGUGUUAAAAUAAAUUUAUUGUAAA